CGGAAAGGGACAAGCAGGGGAGGAGAUAGCGGAGGAAACCCAGGGAACAGCCAAGAUGAAAUUUCCAUUUCCUUAUACACCAUAUCCCAUUCAAGAAGAAUUCAUGGUUAAGCUUUAUCGAGUCUUGGAAGCUGGAAAGAUUGGGAUAUUUGAGAGUCCAACUGGAACAGGCAAAUCUUUGAGCCUUAUUUGCGGCGCCCUCUCAUGGCUCCGAGAUUUUGAAGAAAAAAAGAGGCAGGAAGAGGCCCGGCUGCUUGCAGUUGAACCGGAAGGAAAGGAUGCCACCAAGCGGUCUGAGAAGGGCAGCACCGAGUCUGCAGACAGUCGGGGGUCUUCAGCAGAGCCAGACUGGAUCACCCACUUUGUGCAGAAGAAGGAAGAGCGAGAAGCAGCCCACAGACUGAAGGAAGAGCAGAUCAGGAGGAAGAAGCGAGAAGAACGGCUGGAGCAAAUUCGCCACAACGUGCAGCUGAAAUAUGCAUCUAAAAGAAGGAGGCUGGAGGAGGAAGAGAUGGAGCACCUGCUCCAACUCAGCAAGGACAUCUUGUCGAACCAGGGCGAGCCGGGUGGUUUGGAGCCACUGGAUCAGGAUGAGGAAGAUCUGAUCCCUGCAGAAUAUGAGAGCGACGAAGAGAAGAAAGUGGGCAGCAGAUUAAGCGACGAAGAUGACGAUGAUCUUGAAGAAGAGCAUGUAACUAAGAUCUACUACUGCAGUCGAACACAUUCCCAGCUGGCCCAGUUCGUGCACGAGGUCCAGAAGAGCCCUUUCAGCAAGGAGACCCGGCUGGUUUCCUUGGGAUCUAGGCAGAACCUGUGUGUGAACGAGGAAGUGCGACGCCUGGGAGCUGUUCAGCUGAUCAAUGAUCGUUGCAUGGAGAUGCAGAAGAAUAAACACGAGAAGAAGAGCACAGAGGAGGAGGCAGAGAGGAAGAAGAGACGCCUGAGUCGAGUGGCGUGUCCAUUUUACUCAUACGAACACAUGCAGUUUCUUCGGGACGAGGUUUUGGUGGAGGUGAAAGAUAUCGAGGAGCUGGUGGCCCUGGGGAAGGAAGUCAAGGCCUGUCCGUACUACGGAAGCCGCUUUGCCAUUCCGGCUGCUCAGCUGGUCGUGCUGCCUUACCAGAUGCUUCUGCACGAAGCCACCAGAAACGCAUCCGGGAUCAAGCUGAAGGAUCAAGUGGUGAUCAUCGAUGAAGCCCACAACCUGAUAGAUACCAUCACCUGCAUCUACAGCGCUCAGGUUCAUGGUUCUCAGCUGUGCUGUGCCCAUUCCCAGCUCUCUCAGUACAUGGAGCGGUACAGGAAACGCCUGAAAGCGAAGAACCUGAUGUACAUUAAACAGAUUCUAUUCUUGCUGGAGAAGUUUGUAACUGCUCUUGGAGGAAACGUGAAACAAAACCCAAAUAUGCAGAGAAUUCCCCAAGCAGGGGCUCAGAUGAAAUCCAUCAACGACUUCCUCUUCCAGUGCGAGAUCGACAAUAUCAACCUCUUCAAGCUGUUCGGGUUUGUGGAAAGACACGAAGCAUCUGGAGCUUUGAGAAUUAGGCCAGAAGAACAAAAGAUGGCUGGCUUGCAGAACUUCCUGCAAAACUUGAAUGAGAAGCAAAGGAAGGAAGGCAACCCACAGAGCCCUCCUGAAGAGGCUGAUGAUGGCCCGCCCAAGAUGGCCUCUCCUCUGAUGCACAUCGAGGGCUUCCUGACUGCGCUCACCACGGCCAACCAAGAUGGGAGAGUCAUUCUCACCAGGCAAGGCACCUUAGCUCAGAGCAGCCUCAAGUUCCUCUUGCUGAAUCCAGCCGUCCAUUUUGCCCAGGUGCUGAAGGAGUGUCGGGCCGUGAUCAUUGCAGGGGGCACCAUGCAGCCGGUGGCCGAUUUCAGGGAACAGCUGCUCACCUCUGUGGGCGUCGACGCUGGCAGAAUCGAGGAGUUUUCCUGUGGUCACGUGAUCCCCCCAGACAACAUUUUACCCAUCGUCCUCUGCAGCGGCCCAUCCGGUCAACAGUUGGAGUUCACCUAUGAGAAGAGGACCCUGCCUCAGAUGAUGGAGGAGACGGGGCGGAUUCUCAGCAACCUCUGCAACGUCGUCCCAGGGGGAGUGGUGUGCUUCUUCCCCUCCUACGAGUACGAGAAGCAGGUGUACGUGCACUGGGAGAAGACCGGGCUGCUCACCCGCCUGGCUGCUAAGAAGAAGAUAUUUCAGGAACCCAAGAGAGCGAACCAGGUGGAGCAGGUGCUGGCAGAAUAUGCCAAGUGUAUCAAGCGUUGCAGCCACGCAGGAACCACCAUGACGGGAGCUUUGCUGUUUUCUGUGGUCGGUGGGAAAAUGAGCGAAGGAAUAAAUUUUUCCGACGAUUUGGGAAGAUCUGUGAUCAUGGUGGGCAUGCCUUACCCCAACAUCAAGUCUCCAGAACUCCAGGAGAAAAUGGCUUACCUCGAUAAGACAAUGCCAAAGACGGCAGGCCAGGCACCAGGCCGAAUGCUGAUUGAGAACUUGUGCAUGAAAGCAGUGAACCAGUCCAUAGGGAGGGCCAUUCGCCAUCGGAAGGACUUUGCCAGCAUUGUGCUCUUAGACCACCGCUAUGGCCGCCCGGCUGUUCUCAACAAGCUGCCCCAGUGGAUCAGGAGCCGGGCCCAGGUCAAGGCUGCGUUUGGGCCCGCGUUUGCUGCCUUAAGAAAGUUCCACUCUGAGAAGAGGUCAAUUUGCGACUCCGUCUGUGCCUGACGGUGAUGGACAAGCUCCCCGGCUGUCCCUUUGCCUGGAGCGUAGCUGAAUGCAAUCACUACAGCCCUGCC